CCCCACAGUUCUUUUUCCCAUAAAACAAUAAAAAGAGUUAUUGUUUAUUAUUUUCCUUCCCUUUCCUUCUCGAACCCGCGAAUACACCCUUUUCCCGUCUUCCUCCUACCAUUUACUCCACCUCCGGAACCUUCUAGAAACAACAAAAGCGAAAUCCUCUCCUUCUCUCCCCCACCCCCCUCCCCUCGCCUUCUCCUCCCUCCCUCUCCCUCUCCCUCUCCCUCUUUCUGAGCUGCUGCUUCCGGUACUGCCUGCUGCAACAAGAUCGAUCGAGUUGGCUGUCGUGUCCAAUCCAACUUUUCUGUUUGGUUGGUGGGAAAAUCCCUACUCUCUGUUCAUCCCAAACCUUUAAAUCCACGCUUUCAAGUUGCUAUUAGAGCUCAGAUCUGAGAAGCCGAAGGCCAACAAACCAUGUCCUCGUUGCCGGCCGAGCAGAACGGCGACUCGGCGCCUGCUGGAAGCGGUGGCGGCGGAGGAGAUUCGCAGAGAUCGCUUCCGACGCCGUUUUUGACCAAAACGUAUCAGCUGGUUGACGAUCCAUCCGUCGAUGAUUUAAUAUCGUGGAGCGAGGAUGGAUCGGCGUUCAUCGUCUGGCGACCUGCCGAAUUCGCCAGAGAUUUGCUUCCCAAGUACUUCAAACACAACAAUUUCUCCAGCUUCGUUCGCCAGCUCAACACUUACGGAUUCCGGAAAGUCGUGCCGGAUCGAUGGGAGUUCGCGAACGAUUUCUUCAAGAAAGGCGAGAAAGGACUUCUCCGGGAGAUUCAGCGCCGGAAAAUCUCUCCAUCCGUGUCGGCGGCAGCUACGGUUGUUCCGCCAGCGAUGGCGGCGAUAUCCGCGUUGGCUCCCCGGGUGUCUCCGUCUAACUCCGGCGACGAGCAAGUGAUCUCGUCCAAUUCGUCUCCGGUGGCGGCUCCGGCAAUGUUGGCUUGCCGAAUCAGGAGCUCCACCUCCACGUCGGACGUUCUUGAAGAAAACGAGAGGUUGAGGAAAGAGAACAUGCAGCUGAGUCACGAGUUGACUCAGCUCCGCGGGUUAUGUAAUAACAUAUUGGCGUUGAUGACGAACUACGCGUCUGGUCAGUUAGACAGCGGUGGCGGUGGCGGAGGAGGAGGAGGAGGAGGAGGAGGAGGAGUGGAUGACGGUAGGACUCUAGAGCUGUCGCCGGUGAAAGAGGCUGAGCCGGCUGCAGAAGACGCCGGUUGCAACGGAGCAAACGCGGAGGCUUCCGGGGCGGAAGAGGAGGAGGAGGAGGAAGAAGAGGAGGAGAUGAGGCCGAGGUUGUUCGGGGUUUCGAUCGGGGUGAAGCGCGUGAGGAGAGACGAAGACGAAGAGGAACAACAUCGGGAAGGCUCCGAGGGGGCGAAGCAAGAGCCGUCGGAUGGGAGCUUGAAGCGCGAUUGUGACGCCACGUGGCUGGAGCUCGGAAAGUGAUUGAAAAUGAUCAGAUGACGUAGGCGAUUGUUGUUUAUGGAAGCCGAUAAUGGAAGCGUGGACAGCAACGCACGGGGAGGAAUGUGCGCACGUGCGAGAUAAUAACUGGGAUGGCGCCACGUGGAUGGAAAAGAUAAGAACCGAAACCCGGGACGGUGUCCUAUGGGCGCGAAUGAGAUAGUACCAUAUGAAGCGCGCCAGAGGACGGAAAGAAGACGGUCCCAAAUGCUGAGGUUUUUAUAGGUGGUGCCCCGUACAUAUUUAUUUUUUUAACUUUUUGUACUCUUUUUCCAAUUUACUACCGUUGUAUGAAAUGAAUUGAAAAUGAUUGAGAAACAAAAAUUAACAGGAGUGCUUUUGAGGUAAAAAGAAUGUGUGGAUAAAGUCGCUCUUCUUUGUUUAGCUUAGUAUUAGUUAAUUAGUAUGUUUACAAUUAUAUGAUUAAAUGCAGAAGCGUUCUUGUGUUAGUUU